GGACGGCGAGGAGAGGGAGGGGGUGGGGGAGUGCAAAGACAGCCACAGAGGGACACAAGCGAGCAGGAGGGAGGAUGUAUGGGGAUCGGAUUGGUCCAGUACCUGAUGGCCCAAGCAUAGCACUCCCAGGUGUCCCAGACCAGCGAGGCGAGGGUUCACCCUCCCCUCUAUGACCUGUUCCAUCUCCUUCCCUCACCGUUUUGUCAGCAUGUUUGGUCGGGAAGGAAUGGUGUUUGGUAGGGACUUGCUGGUGGAUAUGCAGGAUGCGCUCGUGGUGCAGGAGAGAGAAAGAGUCGAAGAGGUUGAACAAGGCGGGGCGUCUUAGGACAGGUGACUUGUUCGGCGGGAUGGGGGAUGAUGUUUGGGGAAAGGAUGGUGGUGGGGUGAGGAGGAGAACGAGGGCGGCGGUUCAAAGAUAGUGGAAGCGGAGCGGAAAUGAAGGUGUGUAGGCAUGGCGGGGGGUGGCCAAGAAAGAUGGAGACGAACCGAUUGAGUGAAGGACUGAUUGGCUGGCAGGAAGGUCGUUAAUCGGAACAGAAGAGUGGGGGCUUGGUUUGGGCGUGGGGUUUCUAGAAAUCGGUGGCAAGUAUAUCGAAUCGUCGUUGUCGGCCGCGCACGGUAGAGGAGGGCCGAGUGCAGGGCCAGGAUUUCACUUGCCCAAAGCAACUUCGCUGGGGAUCUGAGUGUUGUGUUCGCUGGUACCGAACAGGGCACGAGCAGAAAAAUGGAGCUGUUACAUGAUUGGCAUCGAAUACUGCAGGGAGAGCGGGUCUCCAUCUCGUAGUAAUGACAAUAUAACGUUGUUAAUACGCUGGCUGAGAGAGAGAGAGAGAGAGAGAGAGAGAGAGAGAGAGAGAGAGAGAGAGAGAGAGAGAGAGAGAGAGAGAAUGAGGUAGAGAGAGAGCGAGGCCACACACACGGAGAAGGGGGUUUCGGGUGAGGGAAGAGAAGGUCGGAGUGGGGGGAAAGAGAGGGUGUGCGGGCGUGUUUUGUAUGCGUCUGAGUGGGUUUGUUUGUGUGUGUGUGUGGGAGAGUGUUUGUGUUCGUGUGGGUGUUUGUUGUUUUUAUGUGUGUUUGUGAGUGUGUGUGUGUGUUUGUGCGUGUGAGUGUGUUCGUGAGUGUGUGUGCGUGUGUGUGUGUGUGUGUGUGUGUGUGUGUGAGAGNGAGAGAGAGAGAGAGAGAGAGAGAGAGAAAGAGAGAGAGAGAGAGAGAGAGAGAGAGAGAGAGAGAGAGAGAGAGAUCUGGCUUGGAGGCGAAGAAGAGCGUGGAAAAAGAGGGAUAAGGGAGAAGAUGGCGAAGGCAUAUAAGCACUGGCAAGGCCGCAAUAUUUUCCUCUUCAGUGGGCGGCUGAUUUUUGGGCCCGAUGUGAAGUCUCUUCUGUUGACACUGGGCCUGAUCACCAUCCCGUCGGCGCUGUUCCUCAAGUAUGUAUGCGUGCCACUGAGGACUAAGCUGCCCGAGGGUGGCUUGGCAAUCCUGGUUGUGGCUUCGGUAUUUGUCCUAUGGAUCCUGUUAUUGCUUUUCAUGACCUCAGCGCGAGACCCUGGUAUCCUCCCGCGCAACCUGGUUCCCCCUGAACCUGAACCCGAUCCCGACAGCGAGAGCGUGACCGCGACGACGACCGCCACCACCACUGGUGCGUUAACGGCCGGCGCCGUUGGAGCUACUACUUCGUCCGUCUCCUCUAUGGAGUUCCCUUCGUCCGCCGCCGCUCCCCCGCGCAUGCGCUUCCCCCGCACCAAGGAGCACAUCAUUAAUGGCCAUCAUGUCAAGACCAAGUACUGCGACACUUGCCUUCGCUAUCGUCCCCCUCGCUGCUCUCAUUGCUCCAUCUGCGAUAACUGCGUUGAACGGUUCGAUCACCACUGCCCUUGGGUCGGCCAGUGUAUAGGCAAGCGCAAUUACCGCUUCUUCUUCCUCUUUGUCUCCUCCACCACGUUGUUCUGUCUUUAUGUGCUUUCUAUGUCGAUUGUGCGAAUCAAAUUGGAAGUCAAUGACGGCGAUUCGCUCAGCCAGGCGAUCAAGCGAGAGCCUGUGGACAUCAUCUUGUCCCUCGUAUUGGUAGCGUACACCUUUCUCGCGGUUUGGUUCGUUGGCGGCCUGACAGUCUUCCACCUGUACCUGAUUAGCAGCAACCAGACGACUUACCAGAACUUCCGAUACCGGCAAGACGGCGGGACCAAUCCGUACGACGUGGGACUGAAGAAGAACUUUCAGGAGGUGUUUUGCACAGCAGUGGAGCCGUCGAAGAACAACUUCAGGGCGAAUGUGGAGUCCCCAAGGAGGAGGGGAAGGGUAGGGGCAGGAGGAGGGGAAGAGGGAGGGGCGGAACUUGAGCAGAUGACGAGCAUGAGUCGCCAGCCGCCGGUCGGUCAGCGCAAUUCCGUGGCCCCUGCGCCGCCUCUCUUGGGUGCAGCACCAGGAGGACGAGGAGGGGGUGCAGCAGCAGCAGCAGCAGCAGCAGGAGGAGGAGCAGCAGGAGGAGGAGGAGGAGGAGGAGGAGGAGGAGAUGUAGGAGGAGCCAUCUUGGCUGCUGGCCUCCCAUCCGCCGCCGGCGUUGUGUACCCCACCCACCAUCAGGCUAUGGAUAGAAGAAGCAGUCAAUCUUCGAUCUCGUCCCUCGAUAAAGGGGACGACUCAUCAUCACUUGUCGUCGAUGCAGACGACGAUGACGGGACCACCGACUAUACUCUCGAUUGCGACUACAGCAGCACCGGCGGUUGGGAUCGCCGUAGCCGAUUGUUAAAGAUCAUAACGGAGAGGGAUGUAUCGGUCCCGAUCUUGACGGGGCGGGAAUUCAGCAGAGGCGGCGCGGAGAAGGCGGCGCCGGCAGUCAAGAACUCGUCGGCGAAACUCGGCUCUGGCGGCGGCUUCGCAAGCGCCCUCGAUGUGAACCCGCCGUCGAUGGACUUGGGAGACCGCCGAUAUUGGGAGGAAGAGAACGGCGGCGGCGCGAUUCAUGGAGGAGGUGGAAUUAGGAAGCUGGGGUAUCAUGAUGAAGGGACAGCUCCAGGGAGAGGAGGAGGAGGAGGUAGAAACGAGUACCCUUGGGGUAAUGUUAGGUCAUCGGCACGUGUCCCCGCCGCCUUGACGGCGGAUGUCGACGUCGGAGGCCCCGGAGUGGCGGCGGCCGGCGGGAACAAAGUGCCGCCGGCGGCGAAGACGGCGCCGGGUGCGAAGACCCCGGCGGGAACAGAGGGGGAGGGAGGGGGGGUUAAGAGUAGGUCGCCGACGGAGGAUGGUGGUGGUGACAAUAGGGGUGUUGCGGCUGGCAGAAGGGGAGGAGGAAAGUCUGGUGGAGGAGAGGGGCGGCGGGAGAACGCAGGGGCACUCAUGACAGGUGGCACCAUCAAGCAGACAAGCCUGGUAAAGGCAUCCGCAGGUGGCGGCGGAAUGAAGGGGGCAGGAGCGAUUAGUGGCGGCGCUGGCGGCGGAGGAGGGGCGUUUGGGGAGCCGCUGGUGGUCCUAGAGAUUAACGGAUUGGUUUUGCCACAGCCAGUGGAGCGAGGGGAAAGAGGGGAAAGAGGGGGUGGGGCAGUCGGCGCGGGGAUAGCAGAGAAAGCGAGAGCAGCAGGGCGAACUGCGAGGAAAGCAAGCGCUGCAGGCCAGUAUCCGACUUUGUUGGGAUCUGAAGAUUACACAAGAGCGAACCGCCUCGUGAAUUAAAGCUCUCUUUUCUUAUUCAUAAUUUAUUAAUUGAUUUUGAUUAACGAGUUUUGUAGGUGUCAUUGGCGUAAAAUGGGUGGAUGAUCGCGACCGUCUUUUCCCAUUUACCACAUUUCUCUCUCAUUUAGCCUCCUGGUAGUCAUCACCAUCACUAUCGUCGGCAAUCUCUUCCUCUGUCUCUCUGUCUCUUUGUUUCUUUGUUUCUUUGUCUCUCUGUCUCUUUGUUUCUUUGUCUCUGUGUUUCUCUGUCUUUUUGUUUUCUUCUCUCUUCGUCUCACUUCGCUUCUUCCUCGCUCCCCCCCCUCCCCUUUCUGCACCCCCUCCCCUGCUUCAACCUUCGCUUUCUUGAUGGGCCAAUUUGAAUCGCUCUUGCCUCCUUCGGACGAUAGAAAACGCGCGCUGGAUGCUUGGCAGUGGAUCUAACAGUAGCGAUUUUUGUCUUGCUCUGCAGCCAGCCGUUAUGUGCCAGCCAGCGUUCUCAGCUCUCACUUCUCUGCUUUCUUUCUGGGCCCUUUUCCUAUCUUCCAUCUGCAGCCAAGCAUCCAAAACAUGUGGAGGCUGAGCGUUGCAGAAUAAUGCCGAGCUUAGCUGAUGCGAUAGCGGGAUGAGCGGAGAAGCCUUUUCUCCCUCACGCCUCGUCGCUCCUUCCCCUUCCCCUCCCCCCCCCCCCCCCCCCCCCCCCCCCCCCCCCCCCCCCCCCCGUGCCUUUAGUACUAUUAUGACUAUUAUUAUUAUUAUUAUUGUUUUUGCUUAUUACUAUAUUCCUGUUUUUAUCACUCAACCCACUACUACUCUGCCCUGUUCGAUCUUGGCAUUUGCACGCUUGCUAAUCGCUUCCUCUACUGCAGUAAUUUUCAGCAUCUCGAUGAGCUGUUGAAAGCCCCAAGUCCCAACAGAUCCGUCUGUGUCACAGACUUCCUGUGUUGUCCUGUCUUACGCCACAUAGUCGCUAAUUCUUUCCACCAUACGGGCGGGUCCGAUACUUACCGACGAAAGUUCCGUGAUUCUUCCUCGAGACUUCGUCUGCCUCUACUUCUGAUGAUAAUGGGUAAUGAUGAUGAUGAUGGUGAUGAUGCUGACGCUGCAUCUGUUUAACCACAUAAUCUUAAUUAAUUGAUAACGCUAAAAUAAGUGAUGCACGGGUGAUGAUGGACUUGCCACAGAGUCAGAUUGCUCAGCCGAUAAAUGCGGAGGAGAAUGGGGGGUUGGGGAGGUGUAGUAGCCAGCCUGCCGAGUGGGUGGUGCACGCACGCCAUGCCGGCGGUGCAGUGAGAGGUUGUCCUCACGCACCCACCCUUCUCGACCUUAACCCCCCUCCCAUCGCCUCACCUCUCCACUCUCUCUCUCUCUCUCUCUCUCUCUCUCUCUCUCUCUCUCUCUCUCUCUCUCUCUCCUUCUUCCGGCUUUCCUGUCCUUUCCCUGUCCUGUCCUCUUCUUGUUUAGUUCAGUUUUUAUUAUCACAAAAAUGCUUAUUGUCGUACGUCGUAACGUUGCCAUUUUUCUGUCUCCCCUCGCUAUUUCUCUCUCUCUCUCUCUGUCUUUUCUUUUACUCUUUUCUUUAUUCCUUUUUCCCUUCUACUGAUGAUUUGCCGAUGAUGAUGACACGUGAGAGAGAGGGAGAGAGAGAGAGAGAGAGAGAGAAUAAUAAGAGGCCCGUCGGUCGGUUUGGCUUCUAGCGCUUUUGCUCUA